AUGUUGCCCAAAACCUUGAGCGUCGUUGCCCUCGGCCUUACCGCCGUUGCAGGCAUUGUUUCUGCCCACCCUGGAGAGGCUCACUCGCUACCUCGCGCCGAGCUCGGCCGCCGCCAACUUGAAGCUAACAAGCGUCAUUUGCAGGCCCGCAACUGCGCGUCCCAGAUUGCUGAGUUCAAUGCCAAACGCAAGGCCAAGCGUGCACUAGCUAAGCGUAGCAAUGAGCCUGCGUCGCUCAACGGCCGUCACUUCCGCCGUCAGGGCCAGUACGGUCAAGGUCAACCUGGUCAUGGCCAGGGCUGGGGAUACCUCGGCGGCCCUGGAGGUCACGGAAAUGGACAUGGACAGCCUAGUGGGCAAGGUCCUUCAAGCUUUACUCGUAGCGCUUCCAGUGCCCCUAGUAGCAUCGCAACUUCCGCUGAUGCCACAAUCACUGCUACCGCGAGUGAGUCGACGGUGAUUGCGACCGGCAUUUCAACCAGCACAGAUGUCGCAACUUCGACGGCUAGUGCCAACAGCCCCACUUACUCGACCAUCCAGAACUCCACCUGCGUGACUGCACCAGAGGUCACCGAGGGGCCAUACUACGUGAACAACGAGUACCUUCGCCAGGAUAUCAGCGAAGACCAAGACGGCGUGCCGCUUGUGCUCGAUAUUGGAGUGAUCGACGUGACCACCUGCCAGCCGCUUGACCAAGCACUAGUAGAGAUCUGGCACUGCAAUGCUACCGGUCAAUACUCGGGCUUCACCAGCGCACAAUUGGAUCUUCCGAGUGGUGGGAAUGGCACCGCGCCUGGUGGUAACAGCACUGCACCAGUCAACGGAACAGCACCUACUGGUACUGAGUCAGCAGGCGCAGCACCGACUGGCGGAGCUGGAGGCGGAGGAAUGGGCUCGACCAGCAUGACUGAUCAACUUACUUUCCUGCGCGGCGGAUGGGCUACUAACUCGGAGGGCAUGGUCGAGUUCAAGAGCAUAUACCCUGGAUACUACACCGGACGUACUGUGCAUAUCCACACGAUGGUCCAGACUAACUACUCAGUUGCUACUAACGGCUCAAUCAUUAGCCACGCUGGUAGCUUGCACCAUAUUGGUCAGCUCUUCUUCGAAGACGAUCUCAACAACAAGAUUGUUACCCAGGGAGCAUAUGCGAACACGACACAGAGCCGCACUUAUAACACUGAGGACAACAUUCUGGAUAGCGAGAACGCAGACGGGUACAAUGCCAUUGCUAGCACGGAGCUACUCGGAGAGACCGAGACCGAUGGUAUUUUGGCAUAUAUCACUAUUGGCGUUGAUCCCACAUUUGUUGGCUCGAUUACCUCGACUAACUAUGUGACUGCAGAACUAGAGGAACCCACCACUUCUACCACUGCUGCUCCUGAAACCACAGCCUAA